UUCGUAGGUCUGGGGUAUUAUUCUCGCGCAUCUAGAUUGUUAAGUGGUGCGAAAAAGGUCGUACAGGACUUUGGCGGAAUCUUACCGGAUGAUCCAUCGAUUAUGGAAAGUCAGGUCGACGGAAUUGGCCCAUACAGUGCUGGGGCAAUAGCUUCCAUCGCUUACAACAAACCGGCCGCCAUGAUCGACGGGAAUGUUCAUCGGGUUCUUACUCGUCUGACUGCUUUUCAUUCCACGCAAACCAGCAAGUCCACAAUCAACUUUUUGUGGUCUGUAGCGCAGAGCGUAGUGCCAAACCAUCGGCCCGGCGACUUCAAUCAAGCCCUUAUGGAAUUGGGUGCAACAAUAUGCAAGCCACGUGCGAGUAAGUGCGGAGAGUGCCCUUUGACUGGUUGGUGCAAAGCAUAUCAAGAGGUA